AUGCAGGUUUAUCUAUCCUUGCCUGUAUUCCAAGCGUUAAUCGCGUCCCUUGAACAUAAUCCGACCAAUGAAGACGCAAUCAGAGCUUUAGCCGGCGGCUUUAUGGCCUACUAUUUCCCCCGACGACGCCGAUGGAUCAUACCUCCCCCAGAUUCACAGGGUAACGCCAUGGGGGAUUUCGUUGCUCUCCGCUUUUUUGGAGAGCGCCCUUCCUUCGACCAUAUCGUCGUCAAAGUGCUGAGAAACGACGAUGGAUUGGUUCCUGCGCUCAAUCACCUGCAAACUCUUAUGGAGCCGAUGUGUCCUAGAUAUGAUAAUUGCUGGGCUAUCUUCUUUCACGGGCUCCAUGUUCGGUUUUAUGAAUACAACGGAAACUUUCCCGUGGGUCGUCGAUUGAGUCCGCUGCGCCCGGCCUCGGAGCCUUUGAGGAAUACGUUUCAUGUGCGGAAUGAUAGCGCCAUCGUUCAUGAAUUGAUGCGACUUAUAGACGACCAGCUGAUUCCAAGACCCCGUCCCGCUAUUCGACCCAUGAAUGGUUCGUGA